AUGGAUCAAAAUUUACAGAAUUAGUCUAAACUCUCCAACCAUGGCAACUCAUCUCCAGCCACCAUUAAGGAUAAUGUAGAGAAGCAAAUGAAGACUAAAUAGAGUUCUCUUUACUUCUGGGGAGCUGCAGCGGGAAUGUUCCGUGUUGCUGCAGGCUUUCCCAUUGAACAUCCCAUCGACUCCAUAAAAACCUAGUGGCAAGCUAAACCUUACCUUAAAAAUGAGUUCCAUAUAAUCAAGGACAUAUAUUAGAAUAAGGGCAUUAAGGGAUUCUACGCAGGGUCUUUACCCAACUUUACUCGAGUUUUAAUUAAAAAUUCCUACCGCUAUCCAUUGAUGGUCGGGAUGCCUAACUUUUACAAGAAUAACUUGCCUAGAUAAAUCUAAGAUAACAAAUCCAUUUAAAAGCUACUCACAGGCUCAAGCAUUGGCUUAGUAGAGGCCACACUUACUUGCCCCAUUGAGAGAAUCAAGGUGUACUUUAUGACUGUUGAAAAGCGAUUGAGCUACUAACAGUUCUUCAAGAUCAUUAAGGGAAAUGCUUUUCAUGAGUUGUUCAGAGGCUUCACUCCAUUGUUCAUGAGACAGUCUGUGUCCUGGAUGGUAUUUCUGCAGACAGAUCACUUGCUCAAGAGCUAAAUCAGAAGAAUUUGGAAUAUAAAGGAGAGUGAACGCAUCCCUACUAAGUUCCUCAUGAUGUCAUCAUUGAUUGUUGCAAUGGUCAAUACCACAAUAAUUAUGCCAUUCGAUUGUGUCAAAACUCACAUGGAAAAAGUAGACCCUACAUCCACAUAUGUAAAGAGCUUCAGAAGCAUUUACAAUCAAGGAGGGCUUCUGGGUUUCUUCACUGGAGUCAGGCUCAGAUUCCUGCUCUCACUUACUAGUGCUCUCUUCACUGUAAAUAUAUUGGAGAGACUUGAGCAUUUGGCUCAUUACCUUAGACCUGGCAACUGA